AUGGCCGUACUGCUGCGGGGGGGUCACGGUCGCGCAGGGCCUGGGGCUCACUGGGUUCAUGUGGGUCGAGUGCAGAGAGGACUAGGGUCAUCAUGGGUCUCAGAUGAUCCCCCUCCAUCUCACCCUGAGUUUUCCCUGAGUGUGGCCUUCAUGUGGAGGGCGAACGGUGACAAGGAGAAUCUGGAGCUUCAAUUGCAACAUGAAGUGGCACGUUUUGACCUCUUCUCUUUGGAUUUGGACGAGAGCUGUGAUGUCCGAGACACGGCCCAGCUACUCGUAUUUGUUCGUGGGAUAACCGGCUUCAAGAUCACGGAGGAGCUGGCAGCAGUGCGGCCGAUGAAAGGGACCACAACAGGGGCUGAUCUGUUCACGGAGGAACCAGAGGACAGGAACCAGAGGACAGGAACCAGAGGACAGGAACCAGAGGAGAGGAACCAGAGGACAGGAACCAGAGGACAGGAACCAGAGGACAGGAACCAGAGGACAGGAACCAGAGGACAGGAACCAGAGGACAAGAACCAGAGGACAGAGACCAGAGGAGAGGAACCAGAGGAGAGGAACCAGAGGACAGGAACCAGAGGACAGGAACCAGAGGACAGAGACCAGAGGACAGGAACCAGAGGACAAGAACCAGAGGACAGAAACCAGAGGAGAGGAACCAGAGGAGAGGAACCAGAGGACAGGAACCAGAGGACAGGAACCAGAAGACAGGAACCAGAGGACAAGAACCAGAGGAGAGGAACCAGAGGACAGGAACCAGAGGACAGGAACCAGAGGACAAGAACCAGAGGACAGAGACCAGAGGAGAGGAACCAGAGGACAGGAACCAGAGGACAGGGACCAGAGGACAAGAACCAGAGGACAAGAACCAGAGGACAGAGACCAGAGGAGAGGAACCAGAGGACAGGAACCAGAGGACAGAGACCAGAGGACAAGAACCAGAGGACAGGAACCAGAGGACAGGAACCAGAGGACAGGAACCAGAGGACAGGAACCAGAGGACAGGAACCAGAGGACAGGAACCAGAGGACAAGAACCAGAGGACAGGAACCAGAGGACAGGAACCAGAGGACAGGAACCAGAGGACAAGAACCAGAGGACAGGAACCAGAGGACAGGAACCAGAGGACAGGAACCAGAGGACAGGGACCAGAGGACAGGAACCAGAGGACAGGAACCAGAGGACAAGAACCAGAGGACAGAGACCAGAGGAGAGGAACCAGAGGAGAGGAACCAGAGGACAGGAACCAGAGGACAGGGACCAGAGGACAGGAACCAGAGGACAGGAACCAGAGGACAGGAACCAGAGGACAGGAACCAGAGGACAGGAACCAGAGGACAAGAACCAGAGGACAGGAACCAGAGGACAGGAACCAGAGGACAGGAACCAGAGGACAGGGACCAGAGGACAGGAACCAGAGGACAGGGACCAGAGGACAACAUGAUAAGACUGCCCGACCCGCCUGCUUAA